AUGAGUUUUCAAGAGGUGAAGCAUUUGCUUCAUGAUCGAUCGGGUAAAAUUGUGGAUGAAACAAGUCGGGUGUGUACUUCCUUGUUGGAAGGAUCAAAACAAGAUGAAUAUAUUUCAUCAUGUACACGAAUGAUGGUGUCUAAAUAUGAUCCGAUUGUUUCAGCCUUCGGAGAUCAAAUUAAUGAAAUUUCAAAUUCAACAACCGAUAUUUCUGUACAAAUUCAUCAAAUUGACAGACGAUUACAAACAAUGGUGCAAACACGACAAUCUUUGGAUGAAAUUCUCACGAAAUUGAAAAAGAUGGGUUUUGAAAAUGAAGCAAAAGGAAUUAGAGACACUCGGAGUUCAAAACCUCAGCAAAAUUAA